AUGCGUAAGGACGGCGAUGUGCUCGCCAUGGGCAUCGAGGGCAGCGCCAACAAGCUGGGCGUAGGGAUCAUCCGCUACCGCGCGGACGGCGAGACGGAGAUCCUGUCGAACCCUCGCAAGACGUACAUCACGCCGCCCGGCCAGGGCUUCCUGCCGCGCGAGACAGCCUGGCAUCACCAGAACCACGUCGUGGGCAUCGUGCGGGCGGCUCUGGCCGAGGCCAACGUGUCGCCGCAGCAGCUGGACUGCAUCUGCUACACCAAGGGCCCGGGCAUGGGCGGGCCGCUGCGCUCGGCCGCCGUCUGCGCGCGGAUGCUGUCGCUGCUGUGGAACAAGCCGCUGGUGGGCGUCAACCACUGCGUCGGACAUAUUGAGAUGGGCCGCACGGUGACCAAGGCCGCCGACCCGGUGGUGCUCUACGUCAGCGGUGGCAACACCCAAGUGAUCGCCUACUCGAUGCAAUGCUAUCGCAUUUUCGGCGAGACGAUCGAUAUCGCAGUUGGAAACUGCCUGGAUCGCUUUGCGCGAGUGUUGGAGCUGUCGAACGACCCGAGUCCGGGGUACAAUAUCGAAGUGCUGGCGAGAGAAGGCAAGAAGUUCAUUGAGCUGCCGUACAUCGUGAAGGGAAUGGACGUGUCUUUCUCCGGUAUCUCGACUUUCAUUGAAAAGGAGGCCAACGAGAAGAUCAAGUCUGGGGAAUGCACCAAGGCCGACUUGUGCUACUCGCUGCAGGAAACAAUCUUCGCCAUGCUGGUGGAAAUUACGGAGCGUGCGAUGGCUCACUGUGGACAAUCGGAGGUGCUUAUCGUUGGCGGCGUCGGAUGUAACCUGCGUCUUCAGGAAAUGAUGGGUAUUAUGGCGAAGGAGCGCAACGGACGCGUCUGUGCCAUGGACCAGCGCUAUUGCAUCGACAAUGGCGCGAUGAUCGCCCAAGCUGGUGUCCUUCAAUUCCAGUACGGUGAAGCCACGCCCCUCAAGGAAGCUACGUGCACGCAGAGGUAUGAUUAUUGCAUCGGGUCCUUUAUUGCUACGGGAGCUCUGGUGGGGACUGUAGACGCCAUGCUUGCGAACUUGGACUCGCCAGCGUUUAUUGCUUCUUGUUUCGAGCUCCUGCUGGGAAUGCUGAAUAUCGCCGAGGAUAUCGUGGCAAGCUCCAUCCUUAAAAACGACAUUCUGAUCAUUCUCGACAAAAUCGUUCAUAAGGUGAACUACCAGAACGAACCUGCCUGCGUUCGAACGGAUAUUGGAGUCCCCGCAACAUCCGCGAACGUGGUUCUGAAGACUAUUGACCAGUGCAAUCACCAAUUGGAUGGAGUAAGCACCGCGUUUGCUUCGGCUGCUGUGGCAGUCAUCUUUCGAGAGGAAGCUCGUGCUUUUCUAGAUAGCGGGGGGAUAGCAGUAAUUACCAACGUUUUCGCCGGGGAAUCUGCGCUCGGCAAUACAACUAUUGAAACAGCAGUGGCUCAAGCACUGUACUAUGUGUCGAUGCAUUGGCCGGACGAAACGUGGAACGAAGUCCAAAUAAAUGGCAGUGGCGUCCACAAGUGGAUUGAAGUGAUCAGCGACAGAUGUGAGGAUGGAAACGAUGAGCUUAUACGCCACCUUCUAGCAACGCUGAAAACGCUGCUACAUUGCGAAGGAUUUUCGGAAAAGUUUACGGAAAGCAACGGUGCUGCCCUUUUCGUAUCAGUACUGAGUAAACGUCAAGAGCUACCACUAAGCGCUCACGUAGUUGUUACGACUCUCAUGUCAUCUCGUGUAUGCCAACCUGAUUUAUUACCGUACUCCCCGGGCCUGAACGCACGGCUCAUUAUUUGUGACGUGGCUCACAAGCUUGAUGUAACCAGAAACCUCAGUACGAUCGAGCCACAAGCUCACGUCUCAAACGGGCAGUCCUUCAGCACUCAGGUAUUUUAUGAUUCUCACGAUGGAGUUGACGGACGGACAGUCUGCUCGCAGUUAGUUAAAUCUGGGGCCGAUGAUGCAGUUAUUGGCUGUCUCGAGGAAGCCUUACACGUGAAGAAAUUCCCAGCUUUGCUUGUGGACGGUGGCUGUCAAGUGCUUCAGGCCAUGUUGGCAUCUCCGAUACCAAUAUCUAACGAAGUGGAAAGUCGGUGGAUUGCAGUGGUUACCUCAAUUCUACAGCGCAACCCAACUCAACAGCGCACUCGGAAGUUGCUGUUUGCAACGACUUUGACAGUUCUCUCUCGUGGAAAGCAGUUAGCUAAGACAGCCGGGGGGCAACAUAUCAAGAUGAUGAAGGUGAUACUAAACGGUCUGGAGGAUUCGAUACAGCACGAGAGCAGUUGCACGCUCCUCCAAGGAGAAUGUACGGGCGCAAUUCGAAUCCUUGAGGAAAUCGCAAAGGUGUCCGAUGCCAUGUCGGAUGCUUUGGUCUCCAGAUGCUUAGGCGUUCUGGGGAAACUAACUGGAAUAUUUAUUCUUUCUCCCUCGUUAACCGCACAAGAUAACGUUGUGCAUUUUGAUAAAGCAAUUGCACUUUUUGCGACGACGAGCUACGUGAGUCGACUAAUUAAGCGC